UAGGAGAGUAGUCUGGUAUAAUCAUCAGGGGAAGACAAGUGAACUUCCAGAUUUACACGAAAUAAAGAAAACUAAGAUGGAGGAGUAUACACCCAGGGAAAUGCACGAGAGUCAUCAAAAUGAGAAUACAAGUUUUUUUGAAGUUCAACAGAUUCCAAAAUAUUUUCCCCCGGAUUUUCAUGCCUCCAGUUUUCAACCUCCAUUCUUGUACUCCUCGGCUUCAGUCCAACAAUAUAACUCUCAAGCUCCAUUCUGGGUUCAAGGGUUUCCUCAAAAUUUGGAGCGGGAGCAGCCCAAGCAGCGCAGGGAAAAAAUGGAGCACAUUCAUAUAUUAAGCAAUAUGGAGCAAACUAUGGAAUUCAAUGAGUCAAAGUUGGAGAAAAUAAAACGUAAAGAGUAUAUCGAGUAUGUCGACAACUUCGGCAAAAACAACGAAAUUGAGAACUUGGAGAGAAUGUCAUCGUCCAUAAAUAAGUCUCAAAAAUCUACAAAAGCUUCGUCAAGUAUAAUCAGAUCCAGCCCAGAAGAUUUUCAGCAAAGACGACCUUCAGAAGAAUCUUCAAUAUUACUGUCAGAUUCCUGUUUACUGGAGGAUCUUCAGAGGAAAGAAAGAACAGCAUUCAGCCAGGAUCAGAUUCAGCAUCUAGAAGAAGAAUACAGGAGUUCAAACUACCUAACCAGACUAAGGAGAUAUGAACUUGCAGUAGCGCUAGAUCUUUCUGAAAGACAGGUCAAGGUUUGGUUUCAGAACAGAAGAAUGAAAGGGAAAAGAACAAAAUGUGGAAGUUUUGAGUAAAUUAGAAUAUAUGUUAACAAUAAAUAUUUCUUGCUUUGUAAUUUAAUCAAUAAAUUGUACAAAAUGA